AUAAUCUAUGCCAAUGGGAGGGAAGAGUUUGAAUCCAGAUGCAGUACGUUGAAGAGGAAGGCCAGAACCACGUGGGCAACCCACGACUUGCAUUUUUGUACAAUUUUGAUUGUUUUGUUAUGUUUUUCCUACUGUGGUGCAUUGUAAAUAUUUGAAUGAAAUCUGAUCUGAGUGAGUGUCAGUGAUCAAGAUGGGAGCAGAAAAUGUUGGGAAUCGUCAUCCACGUUCGAAGGAGUCGGGCGUUGCUUUGACCGGAACAGCAAUUGCAAAGGAAGGUAGUGGCGGUGUUGUCGACAUUGGCGAGAGCGAAGCUGCGUACCUUGCUCGAGUUGCACUUCCUGGUCUUUGAACGAAUCGAGGUAACGUAAAAUGUGUUAUCCAACGUGAUGGAAAGGUUCAUAUACAAGGAGUCAUGAGCGGUGUUGAACUUUUGAGAAACUCAUCAACUGUGUACCAUAUGAGAGUCCAGCACCUAUGCCCGCCUGGACCAUUUGCCGUUUCUUUCACUCUUCCCGGACCUGUUGACCCCCGUCUCUUUUCUCCCCAUUUCCGGCAUGAUGGACUCCUCGAGAUCGUCCUUCUCAAAUCCAGCAAAUUAAGCAAAAAGUGAAAAAUCAAAGCACAUCCAAAGCUAGUUUAAUUGAGUUGAACAAUGAUGACGGAGAUGUAGCUGGCAAUGGUCCAAUGGAGAACAGGAGUGAUACAAAUUCCAAUGGUGUUUCAGCCCUUCGAUCUAGGGUUUGUCUUUUAAUUUCCUACUGUAACUUAAAUCGUCAAGGGUGGUUGAGGAUUUAAGUUUUGAGAAUGUUUUCCUGCACAAGGAUUUUCGUAUUGUGAAAUAAAGAACGCGUGUGCAGCCUUCGGAGUGAUUCAAAAUUAUCUUUGAUCU